GAAGAAGCCACCAAUGUCAGGCGUCGGGGAAAUCCUGAAAGCGGUUGGUGAUUUUGGGCCAUUUCAGAAGCGGCUGGUGCUGAUCGCCGUGGUUCCAUGCCUCAGCGUGGCUUUCCAACAGUUUUGCCAGCUUUUUAUGGUGCCAAAUGUGCCUCACCACUGUGACACCAGCUGGAUCCGUGCCGUGGGGCCCAACCUGACGGAGGAAGAGCAGCUGAACCUCACGCUGCCCCGGGACGCGGACGGGGCGUACGAGCGCUGCUCCAGAUACUCGCCGGUGGGCUGGGACCUGGGCUCCAUCCUGGCGUACGGCCUGAACGCCACGGAGAGCUGCAGAGAUGGCUGGGUGUACCCCUCAGCACAGCCCCCCUCCCUGCUCACUGAGUUUGACCUGGUGUGUGACAGGAAGGACCUGCAUGACAUCUCCCAGUCUGUCUACAUGCUGGGUCUGUUCCUAGGAUCCGUCAUCUUUGGGCCACUAAGUGACAGGAUCGGCCGCCGGCCAGUCAUUCUGAUCUCCAUCUUCCUCCAGGGCUUGUUUGGUGUGGGAACUGCCUUUGUGCCCCACUUCUAUGUGUACAUGGCCUUCAGAUGUGUCGUGGGGGCUUCUGUGACAGGGAUCACCAUGACGUUACUGUCCUUAGCUGCAGAGUGGAUUGGUGUCUCCCAGAGGCCAAAGGCAGUGCUCAUUUCUCACUGCUGCUUUGCCCUUGGAGAGAUGAUCUUGGCUGGAUUGAGUUAUGGGAUCCGCCACUGGAGGCUGCUGCAGAUUGCAGGGUCUGCUCCUAUAUUUGCCUUUUUCUUCUACAUGCGGGUGCUCCCAGAAUCAGCUCGGUGGCUGGUGACAAAAGGCAGAGUAGAAGAAGCUAAGCAGCUCCUUCAGAAGGCAGCAUCCACAAACAAGUGCACCAUCCCAGCAGGACUCCUGGAGCAGCUGAAGCCCGAGAUACAGAGCAAGCCUGGAAGUGUCCUGGAUCUCUUUCGGAAGAAGCACCUCCGGAAGGUGACUCUAAUCAUGUCAUGCACCUGGUUUGCAGACAGCCUUGCCUACUAUGGACUGAGUCUGAACGUGUCAAAUUUUGGUCUGGACAUCUACCUGACCCAGCUUGCCUUUGGAGCAGUGGAAAUUCCAUCCCGCAUUGUUUGUAUCUUCAUUCUGCAGUGGUUUGGGAGGAAGAAAACCCAGGCUCUUCUCCUGCUGCUGAGUGGCCUGGUGUGUCUGGUCAUCACUGGCAUCCCUGAAGACCAGCCUGUGGUGACCACCGUCCUGGCCAUCAUUGGCAAGUUCACCGCCUCGGCCGCCUUCUCCACCUCCUACGUCUACAGCGCAGAGCUCUUCCCCACGGUCCUCAGGCAGACCGGCCUGGGAAUGUGCUCGAUGUCAGCGCGGGUGUCGGGGAUCAUGGCCCCCUUGAUCCUUCUCCUGGACCAGUACCACCCAGUCAUCCCCAUGGCCAUCUUCGGGAGCGUCUCCGUAGUGGUGGGGCUGCUGUGCUUCCUGCUGCCUGAGACCCGUGGCACUGAGCUGGCAGAUGACAUGGGGGACAGCCACCCCCCAGCUGAGGUCCGUGAAAAUGCCAACAGCAGUUCUGAGAAAGGGCACGUGAAAGGAAAAGAUGGUGGCCAAGACAAUGAAUGCACAAAGACCACUUACUUCUAGCUGGGCCUGCACGUGGCUGUGGCAAAAGGCAACCCAGUGCUGUGAGGCAGUGAGGAGAGGCAGGGUCUCCAUUUGUGGGCCACCACCACCUCUCCAGCCAUCACUGCCAAUCCCUGUUUUUCCUUUUCUUUGUUUGCCUUCCCCUAUCUCCCUCUCUAGCUCAUCCCUGGGCACUACAUGCUGCCCCUGGUGUUCCACAAGCUCUUGUUGGAGAAAACCCGAUGCUUUUCCACCUAAGGGACAAAAGAAAGAAAUCAGAAACCAGGAAGGAGGCAACAUUUUCUUUUUUUUUUCCUGUCCCAUCUCCAGGAAGGUGAGGCUGUAAACUUCGUCCAAGUGAGACACCUGCUAGAGCACUGAACAGCCUCACCACAGGGUGCUGUGCUCAGUAAAGAGAAAGCCAGAGCAGUUGCAGCUCUGAAAACAAGCUCACAUGUGCAAGAAGGAGUGAUUUGCCUUGACUACCAUCACCUUGCCACCCUCUCUUAAAAACACUCCUUUUAUGUUUUGUUUUUUUAAUUUUCAGUUUGAGACAGCUGAGGAAAAGAAAACAACAAAGAUGUGAUGACCAAAGCAGUGAGCAAGGAUGUCUGACAGGCAGCAGGUUUUUUGUCUUGGUGUUGGUGGCUUUGAGUGAAAGCAUGUCAUGAUGCUCUGUGCACAGAAAAUUGGGCUGUGGUGUAGGACCAUGUUAACCUGUCUGUUCCAGGAAGCUGAGAGACACGGUGGCAGCUGGUCUCUUAGAAGAAAGUGCAGGUCUUUCUGGGAACUAUCAGGUCUGUUCUGUUCUCUUCUAGUCUGUUCCUUCCUGCUGUGCCCAUUUCUGUCUUUAAACAAUUUAGGACUAUUUUUUUUUCCCUUGUAUUAUGAAGAAAAAAAACCCUAUGUUUUUCCUGUUCUUCCCCUCCUAUCAUCUCCUGUCCCUCAAGAUGAAUUUCUUUUACCACUGGCUUGGAACAGAUGAAGCUCAGAAGUUACUCAUGGUGGUGUUCCAGCUCUGUCUGUACACAGCUCAAAGGGUAUUUUCAGAUAGUGUCAAGAAGCUUUUAAAGCAGACUUUGUUCUCUCUGUUGUCAUGCCUGCAUGUUUCCAUGGAUCAAAGUAUGGAUGUGCAGUUUGAUGAAGACUGAGUUUUGGAUAAAAUCUGUGACAUGUGACAAUGCCCCACCAGGAGGGGCUGCCUGUGGUGCCAUCUUCUCUCUGGCACUGCUCUUCUGAGGAUUAGCUGUUGUGCUCCUGUUGGGUGGCCCUGAGGAUAGAAGAGCUCAGUCCUUUGCCCAAGGACACACUUUCCUUGGCACAGCCUGGAGCUGCCUCCUUUGGGCUUCUAUGGAAAAUAAGGUGUUGGGGGUGAAGGCUGAGGGAAGAGCUUGGAGCAAAAUGCUCAGUUAUUGACUGAACCUCAGCUCCUUUGGAGAAUUCUGCUCUAAGAGUUUCUGUUUCUGCUUGCUUCCUAAAUAAAGGUGUCCAAGCACAUCUGAUGUA